AUGCGUCAACGGAAAUUAGGCGAUACGUUUUGUCGUAAACAGUGGGAAGACAUUUUAGAUCUCCUAUCCAAACAUCGGCUUUGGGAGUACCGCCCGCUGAACAAAUGCAGCUCCUGCUCAACCAUCUACAUCGACGAUUGCACUGUGAGCCAUCCGAACUUUAGGAACAUGAUCAAGUGCGUUGCGAUGGCAGUUUACUAUCACAUCUACAAUCGCAAGUCUGAAGUGAUACUGGACAUUUUUGACGAAAGGCUCUAUCCACUCGGGAAGAAGCUUUCCUCAAGUGAAAGUGAAAACCAGGAGCCUGACUACCGAACGAUUCACCGCUUCAUGCGAACGCUCUUCAACUCUGCACAGCUGUCGUCUGAAUGUGCCAUAAUAACGCUGGUCUACCUGGAACGCCUGCUAACCUACGCGGAGAUUGACAUUGGCCCCUCUUCUUGGAAGAGAAUUCUCCUCGGUGCCAUUCUCCUCGCUUCCAAGGUGUGGGACGACCAGGCAGUCUGGAACGUCGACUACUGUCAGAUUCUUCGCGACAUGCCCAUUGAUGAUAUGAACGAGCUGGAGAGACGUUUUCUGGAGCUGCUUCAAUUCAACAUCAACGUCCCUUCGAGUAUUUACGUCAAGUACUACUUUGAACUGCGAACUCUUGCCGAAAAAUAUGAUCUCACCCUUCCGGCCGAACCGCUUAAUGAUAUUCGUGCUCAAACGCUAGAGGCUUCAUCCAGAGCCUGCGACCACUACUUUGUCAAUCUUCGCAAGAACCUCAAGCGAUGGUCCAGCUACAACAGCAUUUCCUUUCAGAGAAAGAGCAUGACCAUAUUAUCCUGA